AUUUUACUUUUGCGACAGAAUUUUACUGAGAUCAUUGGAAGAAUGUGGACUAAAAUGUGUUUAUUAUCAAUAUAUGUGUUUUUGUGUGGGAUAGUGCAAUAUAAUGUGGCACACGCCAAAAAAAUAUUAGUUAUAACAAAUUUUCCAUCGUACAGCCAUCAAAUAGUUUACCGUGGUUUAUGCUUAGAAUUAAACAAACAAGGUUACGAGAUUGUGUCGGUCACUACAGAUCCUAUAAAAAACUCUUCUUUAAAAAAUUAUAGAGAGAUUGAUUUAAAAUACUUUUAUAAGGGUUUUUCUGAAUAUAAAACGCUAACACCAUUUAAUAGUUUCACCGAGGCAAGCUUACAGCUAAAGCUUUUAGAUUUAGAAAAAAGUGUUACAUGGGCUGGGGCUCACAUCCUAAAUCGCGAGGUCUUCAAAAAUCCAGAAAUGAAGAAAUUAUAUGCAACUGGUAGCAAUGAACACUUUGACGCAGUUAUUGUAGCGCAAGGCCCCACAAUUUCAUUGAACGCUUUCGCAUACAGAUUCAAUGCACCUCUUAUAGGUAUCUCAAGCCUGGAUGUAUACAAUCAUAUGCGCUAUAUGCUUGGAUCUUUAAUUCUCCCAUCGCAUAUUUCCAAUUGGCAAGCCAAUACGAUACCUGAAAGCAAUAUGUCAUUUUGGAGAAGACUCGUUAACUUUUAUGAAGUGUGGAAGCAAAUGUAUAGCUGGGUAAACGUACAUAUCCCUAUAGAGGAUGCGCUCGCAAAGAAGUAUUUAGGAGAAGAUCUGCCUCAUAUUGAUGAUAUAACGAAAAACAUGAGUAUAUACUUGGUGAACAAACAUCCAGCGCUUUCUUAUAUCAGAUUUGAACAACCAAACGUCAUACUUUUCCAUGGUUUUCAUAUUGCAAAAGUACCACCUGCUCUGCCAAAAGAUUUAAAACAGUUUCUCGACAACGCGACCGAAGGAUUUAUUUACGUCAGUUUUGGAACCAACGUUCAGUGGGAAUAUUUACCGAAUAAUACAUUUAAAUCCUUCAUCGAAGUGUUUUCUGCGCUAUCGUACAAAGUUGUUUGGAAAUAUGACCCUGAUCUAUUACCUGGCAAAUUUGAAAACAUACUAGCAUCGAAAUGGUUUCCCCAGCAAAGUAUUCUUGCUCACCGAAAUAUCAAGCUAUUUAUUUAUCAAGGCGGCAUGCAAAGUACCGAGGAAGCUGUUUAUUAUGGGAUUCCUGUCAUAGGAUUUCCCGUUCUAUGGGACCAGAUGUAUAACGUGCAAUAUUUUAAAAAAUUGGGCAUUGGAGUUCAUCUUCAUAGUAACAAUAUUUCGAAAGAAAGCAUCGAGGCUGCUAUAUCUGAAGUUAUAAGCAAUAAGAAAUACAAAGAUCAGAUGAAACAUAUAAGUCAACUUUAUAACGACGGACCGUAUGACAGUCUUCAAAAUACGAUAAGGUGGAUCGAGUACGUGAUACGGCAGAAUGGAACGCCUUUCUUACGAAAUAAUCUUUGCUACGAUACAUGGUAUCAACGAUACGAUUGGGAUAUCAUCGGAUUCAUCGCUAUAAUAAUAUUUAUAGCAUCUCUUUUUGUUCUAUGGGUUCAUCAAAUAGUUCACCGGUCGUUAUGUUUAGCCUUAAACAAACGAGGGCACGAAAUAGUCAUAUUAACUUCACAUCCGAUGAGAGAUCCGACGUUAAAAAACUAUACAGAAAUCGAUUUAUCAUGUACAAUAUUUAUUGCUGAAAAGUUUAGAAAACAAUUUUCGCAACUACCAUCGAAUGAAUUGAGCAGAUAUUCCUUAAACUUGGCAAACAUGGUGGAAGACAUCAUAUUUGAUGAACCAAAAUUUAAGGAACUUUAUAGGGAAGAUAGUAAUGAAAAGUUUGACGCAGUUAUCGUAGAAGCAGUAAGCGGUCCGGCGUUAUUUACUAUGGCAUAUAGAUUUAACGCUCCUCUCAUAGGAAUCAUGUCCGUGGGCGUGCAUAAUUUUCAACGAUAUGUUUUUGGUAGUCCUAUACUUCCAUCGCAUGCUUCAAAUUGGGAACUUAAUACGUUAGUUGGGGAAAAUCCAUCGUUUUGGCAAAGAUUGCGAAACUUUAUCGAGAUAUGGUCCUUUAUUUAUUAUUGGGUUAAUGAUUUCAUAACCAUAGAGCAAGAAAAAAUUAAAAAAUAUCUCGGAAAUGACAUACCACACAUCAUCGAUAUAACAAAAAAUAUGAGUGUGUUGUUAGUUAAUGAAAACCCGGCAAUCGUAUACCCUAGACCUGAACAGCCAAAUGCAGUGUUUUUUAGCGGAAUCCAUAUACAAAAAACGCUGCCACCUCUGCCAAAAGAAUUAGGACAAUUUCUAGAUAACGCAACAGAAGGAUUUAUUUAUGUAAGCUUUGGAACCACCGUCGCCUGCCACACUUUCCAGAAAGAAAUGCUAGAAAACUUUGUUGAAGUAUUUUCGAAGUUAUCUUAUAAAAUAGUUUGGAAAUUUGAUUGCGAUGAAUUGUCAAGAAAGCUCGAUAAUGCAUUUAUCUCGAAAUGGUUUCCGCAACAAGGCGUACUCGCUCAUCCAAACAUCAAGCUGUUUAUUUAUCAAGGCGGACUUCAGAGUACCGAAGAAGCUGUUUAUUACGCAGUUCCAGUCUUGGGAAUUCCUAUUGUAACCGAACAGGAAGUUCGAGUUCGACGAUUGGUCUCGUUAGGUGCGGCAAUAUAUCUCAAAUUAAACGAAAUAACCAAAGAAUCUUUCUCUACAGCCAUUCAUCAGAUUUUAAGCGAUAAAAGUUACAAAGAGAAGAUGACGUAUCUAAGUUCUCUCUUCAAGGAUCAACCAUAUGACAGCAUGGAAAAUGCAAUAUGGUGGAUAGAAUUUGUGAUGCGUCACAAAGAAGUAAAACAUCUCCGAUUUAGUGAAUGCGAUAAACCAUGGUAUCAACGUUACGAUAUAGAUAUCAUUGCUCUACUUGCCAUAACCUUAUUUAUAUUGACAUCUAUAAUAGUACUAAUUAUUUUCAAGGUUUUAAAUUUUAUUGUAAACAAUUUUAUUGUGUAAUUUUUAAAUUUUAGAACAUUUCUCAGCGUAGUCAGAAGAUGCCAUUGAAAUUAUAGAAUUAUUCAGUUAAUGAUACUUUUGUGUCCCAGAAAUGAAAUUAUUUUUCAAGGAAUAUUAAGCGAAUUUAUAUUUUCCUCAAUUUUUAUAUCUAUGUAUAUUACUCACUUGCAAUUCUGUCUUUAUGAAAAAUGGAAAACGAUGCAAUAUUAGUUUUAAGCGGUAUUAAUGAGUUGACGUAGUUAUUUUACAGUGAUAUGCGACAUUAUCAUAAAUCACAUUGUAUUUAAAAUCAUAAAUUUUAAUGUCGAUAUAAGCGCUCCACGUCCAUCAAUUAUUCUAUGAGAUAAUAAUUCAUAAAUUAAAUUGCAUAAUUUUAAAUAGAUAUGUCAAAUUAUCUCAGACUUAAUAAUACGCAUAAUAAUUAAACUAAUAAAAACAGUUGGAAUAUCAGAAUUACUUAUUAUUAUCAUAAUAUGUUUUCUUAUUCUUUCUUAUUAUAUAUAUAAAAAAAUACCGGCUCUUUAAUUUUAUAUUUUUUCAUAAAUUAUCUUUACUAAUGCAGCGACAACAUUGAAGUUUUCAUUGUGUAAAAUAUUAUUAGCAUUAAACUGCAUGGACUACCAAAAUUUCAUUAUGUAAUGCCAAAUAAA